UUUGCAACCCGCGCCGUCCAUGCGGUGCUUUCUGCCCAAGUAGCAUCUUUCCAUCUGAUUAAGCCAAUGACAUGGAACAUUCACCACAAUAAGCAAUCCAAAAGUAUGGUGUCUGCCUGUCUCAUCGAUCAGGAGGAGGAAACAGAAGAAGGAAAAUGACCGGUGUCAGGGUUCUAGACGAUUAUUCGGCUUCCCUGAGCUGCACGUGUCCUACUGUCCUGUUCCAUUCCCCCCUUGCAUGAUUACUAUAUCUCCCUGCCAAAUUGCACACGAACUCUGCAGCACGGAGCCAAAACCAAAACAGAAUUUGGUCGCACAAAGCGUCGUAGCAAGACCGGUUGGUAGUAGUACGAGACAAGAGCUUGGUCCAUCGCUCUUCCCGCAGCCGCGGCGAGCCACCACAGCAGUCAGCAGCUGAGCAGACCUCCACAUUUCUCUCUGUCUGCUAACUCUGCAGUCUGCUGCACAGUAGCUGCCUGAGCUGAUAAAGGCCUUGGACAGUUGGAUGGCUUUCUUGCAUAGUAAUAGCAGGCGCAAUGCCGCCGCCGCCGCGGGCGCCUCCUUGUUGCUGCUCAUGCUCGUCCUCUCCCUCUCCGUGCCCACGCGCCACGGCCACGGCCAGGGCCAGCGCCAGGGCGGCGGGGUCUUCUCCGGCUCCGCCACCCGGGGAAGCUGCCAGGAGGAGCUACGCGCGCUGGACGGGCGCGCGGCGCGGUGCCGGUACGUCAAGUCGCGGCCGCCGUGCGCGCCUGUUGGGUACGUGGACUACCUCGCGGCCUUCUACUGCGGCGAGUGGCCGGCGUGGGCGUGCGGCGUGGCCAUGGCAGCGUGGCUGGCGGUGCUCUUCUACCUCCUGGGCGACACGGCGUCCGAGUACUUCUGCGCAUCCCUCGAGGGCCUCUCCGCCGCGCUCGGCCUGCCCCCGGCCAUUGCCGGGGCCACGCUGCUGCCGCUCGGGAACGGCGCGCCGGACGUGCUCUCCAGCCUCGUGGCCUUCUCCUCCUCCUCCGACGGCGACGAUGGCGCGGGGGACGUGGGGCUCAGCGGCGUCCUGGGCGGCGCGCUGUUCGUGUCCACGGUCGUAGCCGGCACCGUCGCCCUCGUCGCUGCCCGCAAAAGCCGUGGCGGAGGCGCUGGCGUCGUGAUCGAGCGGCCCGGGUUCGUGCGCGACGCGUGCUUCCUCCUCGUCGCGCUCUGCUACCUCCUCGCCGUGCUGAUCACUGGCGCUGUCACGGUUUGGGCCGCCGCCGCCUUCCUCUCCCUCUACGUUGCUUACGUCCUCCUCGUCUGGACCUCCCACUGCUGCUCCGAAACCCACGCCGCCUACGACGACGACGACGACAGCAGCACGAAGCCGCCUUGUGAUAACGACGACCUCGCCGCCCCGCUCCUCCCAGUCGUCGGCUCCUCCAACUCCAAGACUGGGUCCACGACGACUGGGCCCAGUGGGCCGCGAAGACCGCUCCUAGCCCUGCUGCUCGCGGCGCUCCACUCGCCGCUGUACCUUCCGCGGCGCCUCACGAUCCCGGACAUCGCGGCCCACCGCUGGUCCAGGCCCAGCGCCAUCGCCUCCGCGCUGCUCUCCCCUCUCCUCAUCGCCGCCACCACCACGACCCCCUCACUCACCGCGCUCCUCGCGGGCGCCCUGACCGGCAUCCUCCUGGCCAUCGCCGCAGCCCUGACAACAAACCCCUGCGCCCCACCACAGGCGCGCGCGCGGCUCCCGUGGCUGGCCGGCGGGUUCCUGAUGUCCGUCCUCUGGUCCUACCUACUGGCCCAGGAGCUCGUCUCCCUCCUGGUGUCCGCCGCCGUCAUCGCGGGGGUACCCGCCAGCGUGCUGGGGGUGACCGUGCUGGCGUGGGGGAACUCCGUGGGCGACCUGGUGUCCGACGUGGCCAUGGCGGCGGUGUCCGACGCGGGGGCACGGACGGCCGUGGCGGGGUGCUACGCGGGCCCGGCGUUCAACACGGUGGUGGGGCUGGGGCUGUCGCUGGCCGUGGCGGCGGCGGCAAGGUACCCGGAGCCAUACGAGGUCCCCGUGGAGGCGUCGGCGUACGUGACCGUGGGGUUCCUGGCGGCCGGGCUGGCGUGGGCGCUGGCCGUGCUGCCGGCGCGCGGGAUGAGGCUGGACGCCGUGCUCGGGGCCGGGCUCAUACUCGUCUACCUCUGCUUCCUCGCCGUCAGGCUCGCCGACGCCGUCGGCGUCGUCAGCUUAGAUUCUCUCUUGACAAGACCCUGAACUAGUGAUCUGAUCGCGCAACCACAUACGGACGUCAAUUGUUGUUUGAUUUUGAUGGUGCACCCGCAAGAUCGAGGAGGGGGGAGAAGAAGACACACAGCGGAGGAAUCUUGUUGUACACUGCCAGCGAACUAACUAACUAACUACACGAGUGUGUGCAAAGUGAAGAGAUCGUAUGUGACAAAGGGCGUGUUUGGUCGGGCUGACGCCCCCAGCUCGCAGCGCAGCCGCGAUGCAGCAGCCGGGCUGCAGCAGCCUGCAUGCAAUCCUCUCGCUGGAGCCGAUUGUUUGGUAGCCUUGCGGCAGUUGGCGGUGGAGGAGGAGAAAAGGAGGAGAAACGCCAGUGGAGGAGGAGAAAACGAGGAGAAACGGCCACGGAAUCUCGGGGGAAUAGCACAGGAGGACCCGCAGGGGAUGGCCGGCGUCCAGAUCUCGGAGGAGGACUGGCUGAGGAGGAACGGCGUGAUCUCAGAGGAAGAAAGGUGGGGGAUCUCGAGGAGGAGCCGCUCCUCGUGCGAACUGCGGCGGAGGAAAAUGGAUGGGCGGUGGAGCAGCUGGCCGGCAGCACGUGGCGGCGGCGGAGCGGCGCAAGUCGGGAAGAAACGGAAGACGAAAGAGACGAGAGAGCGCCGCUGCACCAGAAAAACGCCCGAUUCGGGCGUAUCUGGCAUGCAGGCUGUAGCCCGUUUUUUGCAGCUGCGAUGCAGCGUGCGGGUGCAGGCCAAGGCCCGUGCAGGGAACCAAACUGGUCCGUUUUUGCAGCUCGGCUGCGGGCCAAGGCCCAUGCGGGAGACCAAACACGCCCAAAGUGAACGAUGCAUUGCUUACACGUGGUUUUGUUUGUCUGAAUCUGCUUUUGGUUUGGCCUCGUGCGUUUUGCACUCUCAUCGCUCAUUAGUAAGAGAAUGUUCCAAAUUGCGAUCUA